UCGAUAACCAUAGAGGAGACCGGCAAUAUUAACUGUAAAUGCAAGCACGUGCAGCAAACCAUUUUUAAAGUUCAAUUUUAUGUCAGAAUAUAGCGAUAUAUCACAGUAAUCGUUUCGUUAUUUGUGUAGAAUAAUGCCAAAAGCGGUGUCAUCCUCGGGCAAAAAGUCCAAGAGCCCAAGAACUAACGGUACAGCUAAAGCCAAGAAACCGGCUUAUUCUGAAUACGAUAUAGAUCUAGAGGAUUUGAUGUAUGAUGAUAGUGACACCGAUGGUGCAGUGUCUUGGAGUGACGUAUCCAGCCAAUCCUCGCCAGAAGCCGCUGCCGCCGUGAAGGGCAAAUCGAAGGCAGCAAAGGCCACAGAUCGCAAAAGACGCUCGCCGCCAGAGGAUGCCAAUGGCAACAAAAAGCAGGCGGGAAAGGCGACCAACGAACCAACUGCACCAGCCGCAUCCAAUCGCAAACAACAGAGGCGCAGUGAGGGAUUGGAAAAAACCGAACCAAUUCUGGUGAAUGGAGGGGCUCUAGCCUGUCCCUUGGUGCGAAAAUCUUUGCCAGCAGGUAAAGCGGCUUCCACAGCCGCCAAAUCCCCGGAAGCCAAACCCAAAUCAUGUCCCCUGCCCAAAAAGGGCAAAGCUAAGAGCCCGGUGAUUAAACUGGAAACACCAGAGGAUUCCGAGGACUCAAACAAAGAAGAGAAUACAAGCAUUAAACUGCAAUGGGGCCGCAGUAGCAGUCUCAAGCGACAAGACAUAAUCCCAACUCAGCCAAAAGAAGUCCACAAGACCAACAGCAUCGAAGAAGGUCGUCGCAUUCUGCAGUGGAUCAUCAAUCCCGUCCUGCCGGAAAACUUUUUCACCGACUAUUGGGAGAAGAACGCCUGCCUGGUGCAGCGCAAGAAUCCCAAAUACUACAGCGAUCUGAUUUCCUUCAAGAUGAUCGAUGACAUGCUGAUUCGUCACCAUUUGCAGUUUACCAUCAAUUUGGACAUAACCAGCUAUAAGGAUGGCAAGCGUGAGACCUUGAAUCCCGAGGGCCGGGCCAUGCCGCCAGCCGUUUGGGGCUUCUAUGCGGAUGGCUGCAGCAUACGCCUGUUGAAUCCAUCCACCUAUUUGCCAGGACUGCGACAGGUGUGCAGCAUAUUGCAGGAGUUUUUCCAUUGCCUGGUGGGGGCAAAUGUCUACCUAACGCCACCGAAUAGUCAAGGCUUUGCACCCCAUUACGAUGACAUCGAGGCGUUCGUUGUCCAAGUGGAGGGACGCAAGCGUUGGCGCUUGUACGAGCCGCCGCAUAAGUCGGAUCUGCUGGCCAGGAUCUCGUCGGGCAACUAUGAUCAGGAGCAGUUGGGUCAGCCGAUACUCGACGAGGUGCUGGAAGCCGGCGAUGUCCUAUAUUUUCCACGUGGCACCGUUCACCAGGCAAUCACCGAAAAGAAUCAGCACUCGCUGCACGUCACACUGAGUGUGUACCAGCAGCAGGCCUAUGCCAAUCUGCUCGAGAAACUAAUGCCCAUUGUUCUCAAACGGGCUGUCUCACAGAGUGUGGCCCUGCGUCGCGGUCUACCGCUGCACACCUGGCAAGUUUUGGGUGAAUCACAGUCUCGCUCCGUCCACAGCCAAUCGCGCAAUCAACUGGUGGAGAAUGUGCAGAACUUGGUUCGCAAACAUUUGAUGCCCUCCGUCCAGGAAAUCGAUGAAGCCGUGGAUCAGCUGGCCAAGAAAUUCCAGCAUGAGGCAUUGCCACCGACACUAUUGCCCGAGGAAAAGUUGCGCACUGUUUUCGGUUCCCGAAAUGAGGUAAAUGCCCAGGGCUACUGCAACUGCGACUAUAUCAUCACUGAGGAGACAUCCGUGCGCUUGCUGCGUGCCAAUAUCCUGCGCCUCGUCAAAGAGGAAGAUGGCAGCAACCUGAGGAUCUAUCAUCAUAUGGACAAUGCCCUGGAGUACUGCAAGUACGAGCCCACCUUCAUGGAGAUUCUGCCAGCGGAAGGGGCUGCCGUUGAGGUUCUAAUUGCCGCCUAUCCAUCGUACAUUAAGGUGGGCCAGUUGCCCAUGAAGAAUGCGGAUCGCAAAGUGGAGGUUGCCCUUGCGCUGUGGGAACGGGGUCUCCUCAUGACCGAGAAGCCAUUAUAUGAUGAAGAUCGUUAAGAAUUUGAAUGAUUACUGGAUCUGGAUACAAAAAGAUUUAAAAA